UUGGGAUCAGACUCCCCGGCCUGCUCCGCCAAUGUGAGGACGACCACCUCCGCUCCGCUGUCGGUUACGAGCCACGGCUACUCGCGUCGUAAACAACACAAAUACUCGCAGAACACAACAGAGUUCAAAGUGACAUUUCCAGGAGCUGAAGUCUGUUGCUUCCAGUUGUUUAGGAGUCUUUCCUCUGAGUUUAUGAAACACCUGCAGCAUCAAACAACAGCAGGAUCCAUGUGAGCAUCUCCAAAAUGAGAGUUGUGUGCAUUAAAUUAUCCCCCAACAUGGAGACGCGGUGGAUCAGGAUCUAACAGCAGGUCGCACUCUAAUUUUCUUCACCUCCGACAGUCACCUACACUGUAGAGCAUCCUGCAGCUGAUCCCCGAGCUGAUGUGGAGACGGUUCCUCUACCUGGAGUCUGAGGAGAUGGGUGUUGCUUUGCUCUGUGAUGCGAUGCUCCACCUGGUGAGCGCCUCUGUGUCAAACAACUUCAAAGACUGCGGCCAUUUUUUCUACAUGCAGACACCACCUGCAGGGAUCCGAGGGACAAACCUGAAGCGGAUCUGCCAGAAGUAUGCUGACAAACUGCGUUACGCCACAUUGUAUGAUGCCAGUCGCCGCCUCCCCGUGUACUCAGCCUACAUCUUUAAGAAGUCGGAUGGGAGGAGGAGGAUGGACACUCCUUGGAUGUAUGAGCCUCAGUUGGCUUCUGAUGAUGAGAGUGGCAACAUGAGGGCACUUCCCCUGAAUGAAGACACACCUCCUCUGAUUGAGGACAGCCAGGCUGUGCUGGACGACUACACAGAUGCUGUAGAAUAUAGACGUGGUCCACUAAAUCCCGACCUGCACCAAGCAGAGCCAGAUGAUAAAUCCUCCACCUACACUCUCACCAACGUAGUUCCAGUAAUCACAGACUUCCUACAUGCCUCAUGGAACCCCUACUUGGAUAUCAUCCGCCGUCGCCUCAACAACUUCUGCCAUGGCAGAGCUUUCAUGGUGACGGGAGUGACUGUUUCAGGGGCCUCCAUCCAGCGAGAUAACAGGGAGCGCCUCACAAUCCCAAAACACCUAUGGCUGGCAUACUGCUGCCCAUGGUUUGACCAUAACUCACCAUAUGAGGUGAGGUUUAUGUUCCCUAGUUACGGGGGCUACGCACUGAACGAACAGACUGACCACAGUGUGGUGGAAGUACCUCUAAAGACUCUGGAGACUUUCCUGAAGAAUCAGGGAGCCACAGACAGCGACAUGACUAUUUUCUACAAGGGCUGUGUGUCAGAAAAUCCAUUCAAGAAGAAGAGGAGAGACCUGACCAGUAUUUCAGCAUGAAGGGGCAUCUUGCACAGUCUUGACCAGCUUUUGCAAAUUGAUAUGAUGAGUAUUGACCUGCUGGGGGAGAUCAGUACCAUGGGGGAGUUUAAAACUGUCAAUAUUCUGGGUUUUUUGGUUUUUUUUUUUUAUGAUGAUUAUCUAAUUUUUAAAUCAUAAAAAGUUGUAAUAAAAGUAGUUUGUUGACGAUGUAUUAGAUCAUAAACACAUUAUGAUAAAAGAACUAUGUAUCAUGCCGCGUUUGUUGUUGUUUGUUAUUUGUCUGUACUUUGUGCUGUAUUUAUAAUACUUUGCAUGUUAGUUUUCAUGGCUACUGAAUAAAAAUAAUCAACUAAAUAUUAUUAAAAUAA